AUGUCGCAGAGGACCGAUGCAUCGCCUACGCCACCAAACCCUCUCCCUAGAGUGGACGAGAAACCGCUUAGAUCUGGCUCGUGGCGCUCUUCUCGUCGAGUGGAAUCCAACGACAAACCUGACCGGCAAAGGAGCUUGCGAAUGAGCGAAGGACGAGAGAGUGGGGAGCUGGAAGGCAGCACACUUGGUAGCAGCUCCCGCGACGGGGAGAAGGGAGUCCGAGGAUCUCGACGAACACACAGCUCAGGAGGUUUCCUACUAGACUCUUCAUUCCUACCCCGAUCAAGCAGCCUCCGACAUAGUUAUCAUCGCGCCCAUCACUCGGAAUCGGAACAAAGGGAGAAGCGUGGAACACCGCCCAAUUCGGAGAUUGUGGUACCCAAGAGGCGAUCGCGAUUUCCUUGGAGCCGCCACAAAGAGUCGACAAAGGAAUCUCAACAAGCAGCCCCGGAGAUAGAAGCUUCCCAAGCAAACUCUGGUCCGUUACAUUCACAACAAGAUGUAACACCCGAGCCGUCACAGACUACGGAAGCGGGAAGCGAGGCUCCCCUAGGCCUUGAUAGGGACUCAUUACAAAUUGUCAAUCUAGCAUUGAAUCUGAGCGAAUCUAGAAGAGUAAGUAGCCAUGGUCGAGUGCCUUCCGGCCGCGUUGCGGGAGGAAGAUGGACCGCGUCGGCAGGCCAGCCUUCUGUUUCACCGAGUGAGAGCCGUGCACCUAUUGCACUGGGCAGUCAAAAUGACGGCCCUUAUCCACGUCACAGCCUUAUCCAGAUGCCCGUUGAUCGCUCGAAGCUUUUGGGCGCCUCAAAUGCGGACCAAGCUGUGCAUGCUCCAUCUUCUGUCUUAAAUCUGCUGCCCGAUUCUGCCAAUUCAAACUCCCUGCCACACGUGUUCUCGGACGGCACGCUUACUCGAGCUGAGAAGGCCCGGCGACAUUUCGAGCUCUUCUCAGAGUAUCUUCGAUUGCUUCCUUCGCUUUCUCCCCUGAAACCGUACGAGGCACACGCGGAUCCUGAUUCUACUCCAGCGGGUGCUGGCGUCAUCCUUCAAGGUCGCUCGUACAACCCUCUUCAAUCCAUCCGAAACCGCAAAGUUAGAUUCCGCGAGCGAUGUCCCAUCGAUACGGAAGCAGAAGGUUGGACUAAUGUUGGCAAAGUUCAUGAAUGGGUCGACUCGAUCAAGGGCCAAUACAAUCAACAAGACCAUAGCGCUUUCGAAUGCUUGAAGCUCCCACCUUUUCAUCAAGGCUCGAAGGACCUGUCACAUAAAGAUCCGGGGGAUGAUGAGAUUAUAGCAGCUUCUCCUUCCUCCAGUCUGAGGCGAGCCAGUCGUGCGAGCAGCGUAAAGGCUCGCAGACCAAAAUCUGAUUGGAUGAUCUCCCCGCCAGAACUGUUGGCUGAUGUCGCAUGGGUCGAGGAUAUACAAAACAAAAGCAAGAUUAUAGAUAAAGAUGGGAAUAAUUUAUACCCCGAUCCUGCAAUGUUGGUCCCAUCCGAUGCCCUCAAAACCAAAACUAGGAGCCUUCAAGAAGAGCUCCCAUCCAGGCGGAGAAAGCGCGGUAUCCCCCAAGAGGUCUACUUCGCUAAGGCCUGA